AUGGCUGAGCAGCCGCCGCGAGACCGAUGGCGCUCGCAGUGCGACUUCCUGCUCAGUCUGAUCGGCUACUCGGUCGGCACGGGCAACCUCUGGCGCUUCCCCUACCUGUGCUACAAGUUCGGCGGCGGCACCUUCGUGGUCGCCUACGUGGUGAUGCUGCUCGUUCUCGGCAUCCCCAUGUACACGAUGGAGGUGACACUGGGCCCGUUUGCCCGCCAGUCGCCCAACGUGCUGUUUCGCCAGCUGGCGCCCCUGUUCUCCGGCGUCGGCUACGGCAUCAUCAUCAUCGGCACGCUCAUGUGCUUCAACUACAACGUCACCAUCACCUGGGUGUUGUCGUUCCUGGUGGCGUCGUUCAGAGGCGAGCUGGAGUGGUCGCGUUGCGGCCACAUCUACAACUCGCCGCGGUGUUUCACUGUGGCAGGAGACGAACGGUGUCGCAGCGCCAGCUCGGGGGCAGACGUGUUCUGGAACAAUACCUGCUACCCGGCGUACCAGCUUCUCGAGGGGCACGCGGAGCCAAACAAAGGCAUCGCGCUCAAUAUGAAGCCCGAUAUUUCCCAGCUGAAGGACCCCACCCUGUGGAGUGCUGCCGCCGCCCAGGUCCUCUACUCUCUGGGCUGCGGCCAGUGCGGCCUGUUCGCGAUGGGCAGCUUCAACCGGCUCAACAACAACUGCAUGCGCGACGCCAUCCUGGUGUCGCUGGUCGACACGGCCACCUCAGUGAUCGCCGCGCUCAUCGUGUUCUCCAUGCUCGGCUCGCUGGCACACACGCUGUGUCGCGACGUCGGCCGCGUGGUCACCUCGGACAUGAUGGUGCACACGCCGCUGCCGCCCGUCUUCAGCGCGCUCUUCUUCGUCAUGAUGGUCUCGCUCGGCAUCGACACGCAAUUCAUUGCCGUGGAGGCGCUUGUGAUUGCCGCUGUUGACCAAUGGCCAUCGCUGAGGAAGCAGAAAAGAUAUCUUGCUGUCGGUUUGUGUGUGCUCUUCUUCCUCUCCAACCUGAGUGUAUGCAUGGACGGCGGCAUGCUGAUCUUUGCACUGGUCGACCACUACGCCUUCACGUUCUCGCUGUUCUUCGUGGUGCUGCUGCAGGCGGUGGCCGUGGGCUGGGUGUAUGGCGCCGAGCGGCUCAUCGGCAACAUGCGCAGCGACAUGGAGAUGGGCCUGCCGCCGGCGCUGGCCGCCUACUGGCGGCUCUCGUGGCGGCUCGCCGUGCCGGCCGUCUGUCUGCUGGGCCUGGCCACCACCGUGUACCUGCACCAGCCGGCCUCGUACGGCGGCCGCCGCUUCCCCGUCUGGGCGGACGCCGUGGGACUGGGCAUCAUGCUCGCGCCCGCCGCGCUCGUCCUCUCCACAAUGCUGGCCGAGGCCGGCAUCAGACAGGGCCGGCCGCACCGCUGA